UUAGUCGCGCGUGAGAAGUCAACUGAAGCAGUUGUGCGUGGGAAGAGCUCAAAAUAGUGUCCAGUUUCCAGUGUCUCAGGUUGAUUGAAUUUACUGCUUUCAAUACAUACACACACAUAUAUACACAAGAUGAUGAACAGCCUGAAGAAGUUGCCCAUGCGUAUGCUGGCCAAUGCAGCACGUCAGCAAAACGCCGCCAUGUCCUCGGCGACGGGCCUGCCUCCCCCGUUGACAUACCUCACCGACGAUGAGAAGAUGAUGAAGGAGACAGUUGCCAAGUUGGCCCAGGAUCAAAUCCUGCCGUUGGUCAAGAAAAUGGACCUUGAGCACAAAUUCGAUCCGUCCGUGGUAAAGGCCGUCUUCGAGAAUGGCCUGAUGGGCAUUGAGAUUGACACGGAACUGGGCGGCAGCGGCUGCAAUUUCAUGACCAACAUCAUUGUGGUCGAGGAGCUGUCCAAGAUCGAUCCGGCGGUGGCAGCUUUCGUUGACAUCCACAACACAUUGGUCAACUCGCUGAUGAUCAAGUUUGGCAAUGCGGAGCAGAAGGCAAAGUAUUUGCCCAAGCUGGCCCAGGAAUAUGCUGGCAGCUUUGCGCUGACGGAGCCGGGCGCAGGCUCCGAUGCCUUUUCCCUGAAGACUGUGGCCAAGAAGGAUGGCUCUCACUAUGUGUUGAAUGGCACCAAGAUGUGGAUCUCCAACUCAGAUGUCGCUGGUGUUUUCCUCGUCUUUGCCAAUGCCAAGCCUGAGGAUGGCUAUCGUGGCAUUACCACCUUCAUUGUGGAUCGCGAAACUCCCGGUCUGAUUGUGAACAAGCCCGAGGAUAAGCUGGGCAUUCGCGCCUCUGGCACCUGCAUGAUCACCUUCGACAAUGUGCGCGUACCCGAGGAGAAUAUCCUGGGCACCUUCGGACAUGGCUACAAGUAUGCCGCUGGCUUCCUGAACGAGGGCCGCAUUGGCAUCGGCGCCCAGAUGGUGGGCCUGGCCCAGGGCACCUUCGAUGCCACCAUUCCGUACCUGUUGGAGCGCAAACAGUUCGGCGACGCCAUCUACAACUUCCAGUCCAUGCAGCACCAGAUCGCCACGAUUGCCACGGAGAUCGAGGCGGCUCGCCUGCUCACCUACAAUGCGGCGCGCCUGCAGGAGGCGGGUGUUCCGUUCCUGAAGGAGGCGGCCAUGGCCAAGUUCUACGCCUCGGAGGUGGCCCAGCGUGCGGCCACCAAGUGCAUCGACUGGAUGGGCGGCGUCGGCUUCACGCGCGACUUCCCCCAGGAGAAAUACUAUCGUGAUGCCAAGAUCGGCGCCAUCUACGAGGGCACCACCAACAUGCAGCUGAGCACCAUUGCCAAGUGCGUCAAGAAGGAGUUCUCGGGUUAAUAAUAAUCCCCUAAUCCCUAAGUCUAUAUAUAUAAAGCUGAGAUAUCGUACGUCAGAUACGUCAAGUGCAUUUAGCUGGGCUGGCGAAUGGUUUCUAUCGAUCGUUGCCAACGCAUUUACAUCAAUUUUUUUCUUUGUUAACUUGUAAAUACAAUUUAAUUGUAAAAAAAAAAAAAAACAAAA